GCCCCGCCCAGGCGGCGCGGCGGAGGCGGUGGCUGCGGGGGGGAGUGAGAGUUUGGCCCCCGCCCGCCCGGCCCGCACCCGCUGCUCCUCCGGCCUGGCCUCUCCGGGAGGAUGGUGGGAGCGAGAUGAGCCCCGAGCCGGAGCCGCCGCCAGCCCCGGCUCGGGAGGAAGAGGAGGAGGAGACGGCGGCGGCACCACCACCACCACCACCGAGGGAGGGCGGCGGCGCCGCCGCCAGGCGGGGCGGCUGCAUCAUGCUGGUGAAGAGGGUCGGCGCGAAGGUGGGCGGCGGCGGCGCGCAACAAAGUAUUGGUCGGCCAAGCGUAUACCAUGCGGUGGUGGUCAUAUUCCUAGAAUUCUUUGCCUGGGGGCUCUUAACAACUCCAAUGCUAACGGUCUUACAUGAAACAUUCUCCCAUCACACAUUUUUAAUGAAUGGUCUUAUCCAAGGUGUUAAGGGUUUUUUGUCAUUUCUCAGUGCUCCGCUAAUUGGUGCUCUAUCAGAUGCAUGGGGAAGAAAAUAUUUCCUUCUUCUUACAGUCUUCUUCACUUGUGCCCCAAUUCCAUUAAUGAGAAUAAGUCCAUGGUGGUAUUUCGCUAUGAUUUCAGUAUCUGGAAUCUUUUCUGUUACCUUUUCUGUAAUAUUUGCCUAUGUAGCUGAUGUAACACAAGAACAUGAAAGAACUACAGCCUAUGGACUGGUAUCAGCCACCUUUGCAGCAAGUUUGGUAACUAGUCCUGCCAUUGGAGCAUACCUGUCAGCCAGCUAUGGAGAUAACCAGGUUGUACUAGUGGCCACACUGGUGGCUGUUGUGGACAUCUGCUUCAUCCUGCUAGCUGUGCCAGAAUCUCUGCCAGAAAAAAUGAGACCUGCUUCAUGGGGAGCUUCUAUAUCAUGGGAACAAGCAGACCCUUUUGCAUCUCUGAAAAAGGUUAGAAAAGAUUCUACGGUUCUGCCAAUCUGCAUUACAGUGUUUCUCUCCUAUCUGCCUGAGGCUGGCCAGUAUUCUAGCUUUUUUCUGUACUUGCGACAGAUUAUAGGUUUUGGAUCUGCUACCAUUGCGGCAUUCAUAGCUGUGGUAGGCAUUCUGUCUAUAAUGGCUCAGACUGUGUUUCUCAGGAUCUUGAUGAGGUCAAUAGGCAACAAAAAUACGGUUCUCCUUGGCCUUGGCUUUCAAAUCCUUCAGCUGGCUUGGUAUGGUUUUGGAUCUCAGCCUUGGAUGAUGUGGGCAGCAGGAGCUGUAGCAGCAAUGUCAAGCAUUACAUUCCCAGCAAUCAGUGCUCUGGUUUCACGAAAUGCAGAGUCAGAUCAACAAGGUGUUGUCCAAGGAAUAAUAACUGGAAUCAGAGGUCUGUGCAAUGGCCUGGGACCAGCACUGUAUGGCUUUAUUUUCUUUCUGUUUCAUGUGGAGCUCAAUGAAUUACCACCUGAUCAGACUUCAGAAAAAAAAGCAAUGCAAGAUCCCAGUGAUGAGAGAGCAAUCAUUCCUGGUCCACCCUUCCUGGUUGGAGCGUUCAUUGUUCUUCUGGCUUUUCUAGUUGCCUUAUUUAUUCCUGAGCACAGCAAGGCCAGCAGUACCAGAAAACACAGCAGCAGCAUCAGCAGCGCUCUGAGUAGCAACCUCGACCGAAGUAGUGAAGAGGAUAUUGAACCAUUGCUUCAAGACAGCAGUGUAUGAAGGCCAACUUCUGAGGAGACUGUGGAACCAGGUCAUGCACUGAACUGCAGCUCUGGAAUCUUGGUGGGAUGUACAGAGUAUCUGGCUUGCGAAAGGAAGGCAGGUGUGUGCUCGGGAAAGUCACAUGCUGUGUGACACUUGAGGUUGAUAUCAUACUUGCAGGAGGGUUUAUUUAGCAGGACAGGUCACAACUAGGUGUGAUGCUACCCAAUACUGGACCUAUGUCAAAUCCCCGUAUUUGGUAGAAACCCAAAUAUACAGACACAGUGGGAUGUUUCUUUAAGUUUGAAUGUUCCGUUCCCAAAGUUGUAUGCAAAAUAAUCAGGUUUAAGGCAGAAUAGUUUCUGCCACAACUUUUAAAGGUAUUUUGCAUUUCUUAUGCCUUUUGUCUGCAUGUAUAUCACGUUUUGUCCUCACAGUGUGAGAGGGACUGAUCUAUAUAGUUCUGGUAUCUGAAAUAGUGGUUGUCAACAAAAACAAUUUGAUUUCCUGAAGAUACAUUCUCAAAUAUUAUUUAGUAAUGAGGACUCCAGUAGUUAACAGACGAAACUGAGGUGAUUUCUGAGGAUGUAUGAUCACACAUGACAGUCAUUACUCAUCAGUGAGGGUCAUAUCGAAGUCUUAAACACACAUUCCAGGUCAGUUCUGAGCAGUUAGAGUAAAUCCAGAUGACUCCUGAGAGCACUGGUCACAUUAGUGUUUUGCUGAUUUAAAAAAAAAAAAAAAAAAAAAAAGACAGGGAAAACAGUGGAUGCCAGAGUAGUUUACAACAAGAAAUAUGUAUAUUUAUUGCAUUUUGUCACUUUAUAUGUCAUUUGAAAUAAUCUUUCAUAUUAAUUCUUUUCACCCCUGCCUUAACUGCUACUUAGUGUUCAGUUAUUCCUAUUUAGCCUUCAUAUCACUGUCUUACCUGCUGAAUUUCAUGGAUAUAUUCAUAUCGAAUUUCCUAUCUAAAUGAUGCUUUAAAGGAGUUACGAAUGGCUACAAAUGAACUAAUUUUUAGAGACAUUUUAUGAAAAAUACACAGAUUUAUAUGUAUUUUGCUGCAGUGUAAAUGGACCAUUAAACCCAACUUUAAUGAAGUACUCCUAUGAAUGUUUUAUAUGUAUGCAAUAUAUGUAGAUAUUUGUAAGGCAUUUUAAUUUUUCCAAAUGGGGUGCUGUGUAAAUCAGGUAUUUAUAAGUGUUAUGGGGGUACUCACAGAUAUACAGUUUUUUAAAAGGAUUGUGUAUUGACUGAACAAAUUUUAAAAAUAUAUAUAUUUUGAAACUUGUUCUACAUUGAGCAGAGAUAACAAACCUUUUGUACUAUGCAGUUUGGUUAAGUUAAUAAGUUUCCUGAUGCAUAAUAAAUCUACAUCUUAAGGUUUCUA